CCUUCGGAGUUCCAUAUCAGAGUGCAUCUGAUAUCUAAGAGAUCUAAUCUAGUCACUGUAACAAUGGCGACAAUGGGCCAUUGCAGAAUGCUGGUUUUGGCAGUUUUGGCAUUCAUAGGCUUUGCUCAAGCAGAUUUACAGAUGAAUUUCUAUGCUAAGAGCUGCCCCAAUGCUGAGAAAAUUGUGCUGGAUUAUGUCCAUAGGCACAUCCCCAAUGCUCCAACUCUGGCAGCAGCCUUGUUAAGAAUGCACUUCCAUGAUUGCUUCGUUAGGGGUUGUGAUGCGUCAGUUCUUCUAAACUUCACAACUGCAUCUGGCAGCGCAACUGAGAAGACGGCUAUCCCAAACCAAACACUAAGGGGAUUUGACUUCAUCGAUAGAGUGAAAAGCUUGCUAGAAGCUCAGUGCCCCGGCAUAGUCUCUUGCGCAGAUAUCGUUGCCUUGGUUGCAAGAGACUCCAUUGUUACCAUUGGUGGUCCUACUUGGAAAGUUCCAACGGGGAGAAGAGAUGGAUCCAUUUCAAGUGCCCAAGAAGCUUUAAACAACAUCCCUGCCCCAAACUUCAAUCUUUCUCGCUUGGAAUCAAACUUUGCUAGCAAAGGACUAGAUGUUAAAGACCUUGUCUUGCUCUCUGGGGCUCACACUGUUGGAAUCGCACAUUGCCCAUCAUUCUCCAACAGGCUGUACAAUUUUACCGGACGUGGGGAUGAAGAUCCAUCUCUGGAUAGUGAAUAUGCAGCAAAUUUGAAGGCUAGAAAAUGCAGGACACCGACUGAUAACACUACCAUUGUUGAGAUGGAUCCAGGCAGCUUUAGGACAUUCGAUCUCAGCUACUACAAACUUCUCUUACAGAGGAGGGGUCUAUUCCAAUCUGAUGCAGCUCUAACAACAAGCUCCACCACAACUGAGUAUAUCAAUGAACUUCUUUCAAGAUCGCUCAAUUUCUUCUCUGAGUUCGCCUCAUCCAUGGAGAAAAUGGGUAGGAUUGAGGUUAAGACUGGAUCUGAUGGGGAGAUUAGGAAGAAGUGUGCAGUGGUGAAUAGCUGAAGAGCUUUAAUUAUUUUCUUCUUUGGGUUUGGAAGUUUGAUUUAGUUAAUGUUUGUGUUGUAUUUUGAUUAUGGUCAUGAGUCGUUCUUGUAUGAAUAAUGAGUUGAUGAUUUAUGAGUCUAUGACUCUGUUGAAGAAAGCUCAUCUUAUCUUGAACAUAGUUUGUUCUUUUGUAGCAGCUGUUUUCGUUAUCCAAAUUGAAAUGUUCACUGGUUUUUCAUUACCAAA